AGGUACCCACAAUCACUGUUCAACCCGCUACUAGUAAAUGCUGGAUUUAUUUGUCGCGAAUUGCCACCACCGUUUCUGAAGACGAGGUUGGUGCUAUGGUUAAGGAGUGCCUUUCAACGGACGAUCCGGUCGAAGUGAAGAAGUUAGUGAAAAAAGACGCAAAUUUGAGCGGGCUUAAUUUCAUUUCUUUCAAAAUUGGUGUUGACCCUAAACUUCGUGAAAUGGCCCUCAAUGCCGAAACUUGGCCGGAUGGGAUGUAUUUCCGCGAGUUCAUCGACUUUCGGCAAGAACGUACUAAUGACGGGAAGCAGGGGUUUCGGAAAACACCUCGACUGGGAUAAAUCCAUCGCAAAUAGCAGUUAUUUUAGACUACGCACCGACAAUUCGCCUGUUGAUCAACGGCAACCGGGACGCACCGUAGAAAGCAAUAUGGAAUCCCCCAAUCCUCCCAGCACAGUCGUGCCUCUCGCAGUCAGCAGUAUCUUCAGUCGUCCCGGCCCUGUGUCUGGGAAUGGAGAGGGGGACUUCCAAAUUGCCCUCUUUGGCAACUCGAAUGCUUCCGACUGUCAAUUAAUAAGUCAACGAUGUCAGCCGUCAGCUGGAAACCUCCUGAGGAGCACUCCAACUUCCAUCACGGGUGCUACCAAUUCAUGCAGUUCACCCGCGCCUUCUGCUGUUAGCAGUCAUUCCAGUCGCCCCGGUGUGCAUUCCAGACGACGGAAUCAAGGAGUGCCGGUCAGCCUUCCGUGCCUAAUACCGUCGCCCAUCCAUUUAUACUAUCAAAAUGUGGGUGGCAUGAAUUCCUGUGCAAAUACCUAUCGCCUAGCUACCUCGGACUGCUGUUACGACAUUAUCGCAUUGACAGAAACAUGGCUAAAUGAGCAGACCCUUUCCAGCCAGGUGAUUUGCUCGGACUACGAGGUUCUCAGAUGUGAUCGGAGUCCUCUCAACAGCCACAAAUCCUCCGGAGGCGGUGUUUUGCUCGCUGUGCGUUGUGGAAUUAAAGUUCAACACAUAACAAAUGAUGCUUGGAGCAGCAUCGAACAAGUAUGGGCAGCGAUAAAAUUGGGAAAUCGAACAUUAUAUAUAUAUAUAUAUAUGUGUGGUUUAUUUCCCUCCCGAUAA